UGUACAGAUAUGGUUCGGGGAGUCGGUUGUACUCAUUAACACUCAGUCAAAACAGACAUGAAGCUUGGGUCAAAUGUGAGUGCUGUCAAGAGUAAUCGAGUUCUGGUUGGUGACGAAGUGAGACCUGCCGUUGUAGUAAUCAAAGAUGAAAGAAUACACCAAAUCAUCUCUUCAAGCAACUUUUCUAAGGAUGUUGGCUGUGAGGUGCUGGAUGUGGGUAACAGCCUGGUGAUGCCAGGUAUUGUGGACUCUCAUGUUCACGUGAACGAACCGGGCCGCGCCUCAUGGGAGGGUUUCUGGACGGCCACCAGGGCCGCUGCAGCAGGAGGGGUGACGACCCUCGUGGACAUGCCCCUGAACAGCAUCCCCCCAACCACAACACUUCGAAACUUUGAAGAGAAGCUGAAGGAGGCGACGGGGAAGUGUUUUGUGGACAUGGCCUUCUGGGGAGGAGUGGUUCCUGGAAACCAGCGUGAACUUCGUCCAAUGAUCAAGGCCGGUGUGGCUGGUUUCAAGUGUUUCCUCAUCCAUAGCGGCGUUGACGAGUUUCCCCAUGUGGCCGACUUUGAUCUCCAUGCAGCCAUGAAGCAGCUACAAGGCACAGGAAGUGUCCUCCUGUUUCAUGCAGAGAAGGAGGUUCAGCAAACACCUGAGGAGAAUGCUGACCCGUGCCAGUACUCAACCUUUCUGAGGUCCAGGCCAGAUGCCAUGGAGCUGGAGGCCAUUCAGACCGUCGCACAGCUCUGUCUGCAGUACCGGGUGCGAUGCCACAUUGUUCACUUGUCCUCAGCAAAACCGCUGAAACUGAUCCAGGAAGCUCGACAAGCCGGAGCCCCACUGACGGUGGAGACUACCCAUCAUUACCUCUGCCUCUGUGCAGAAAACAUACCUGCAGGGGCCACGCAGUUCAAGUGCUGUCCCCCCAUCCGAGACACUAAUAACCAGGAGCAGUUAUGGUCUGCACUGAAAGCUGGGCACAUUGACAUGGUGGUGUCGGAUCACUCCCCAUGUACCCCUGAUCUUAAGAAGCUGGACAGCGGGGACUUCACUCAGGCCUGGGGAGGGAUUUCAUCUCUACAGUUUGGUCUGCCUCUGUUCUGGACAUCAGCCAGCGGGAGAGGCUUCCAGCUGGCUGAUGUGGUCAGGCUCCUCAGCCGGAGGACAGCCCAGCUGAGCAGUCUGGGCUCCCGGAAGGGCAGCCUUGCCCCAGGCUUUGAUGCAGAUUUGGUCAUAUGGGACCCCGAGAGAGAGUUCCAGAUUGAAGAGGCAAACGUUCACCAUAAAAACAAGCUGACCCCGUACCUCGGCUUCAAACUGCAAGGGUUGGUGUGUGCAACCAUCCUGAGGGGGCGGCUGGUGUUCAGAGAUGGCAGCUUCUGCCCCCAACCUCUGGGCAAACAUCUCCUCAUCCCUCUGAGGGACGAGUCCGACACAGCUGUGAAGGGCAACAAGCUGUAGCAACAGCAGCAAAUUUUAAAAAGUUCUGAUUUGCCCGACACAAAAACUGUUUUAUGUUUGGUUUUUAACAUUUAAAGAGCAAGUCACCCCCAAAUCAACUUUUUUUUUUUUGCUGAUAAACUAAAUAAACGAGUGUCUAAUUGUGCAGCAGACACGUGUCGUCAAUAAUUUGGUACUUCAGUGCAUCUUAGUUAAAAUUUAAAUAUUCUGCCUAAAACUGGCAGUGUUGUGCCGUCGUCAGGUAAAAACUCUGCACUGCAUUUGAAUUUAAAUCUGCCACCGCUAUUGGCUAAGAGGUAUGCUAUGAUGUAAACUGUUACAUUAUGUCACAAUGCCGUUGUGAGCCUGUGUGUGUGUGUAUUUGUUAGCGGCUCCGCCCUCUCGGUCUGCUAGGCAACGGCAUUUGUUGCAUUUUUCAAACAUGAAGAGGGAGUUGAGUAAGUUUCUGGUAGGGGGUGACUUGCUCUUUAACUAGCUUUCAUAACAAGUUCAGGAUUUCACCCAAUCUUUGAGCAUUCAGAGUUUGUGUCUCAGCUUAGGCUCAAUAUCUGUAAAACGGACCGAAAUGUGACCAUUCUCGUGUUUGCUGAGAUUAGAUGUGGUGUCUCUCUGACUGACGAGUUAUUCUUCAUCAGUGACAGAGAGGUGAAUGAAUGUCCAGUUUAACCAGCAGCGAGUCAAUAAUUAACAUCUGAGAACAUGUUUGGUGACCUCCUUAUCUAAUAAAAUGGGAAAGUACAA